ACAUCAAUAUAUUUUCAUUUAAAAUUUUAUUCAAUAACAAAAAGUAAAACAAAACAAGUAUUACCAUAAAAUAUGCUUUAGAAUAUAACAGAUUUCAUAACUUUUUUGUUUGUAAGCGACCCGGUCACCUUGGUAAUUUUUUUAAAAUGGCAGGAAGCAGACUUGAGAAACUCAGUACCAUUUUCAGUAGAGUUAAUGGUUUACUUAGAUCCAAAGCAAUGAAAGAAGAAAAUAGGCCUCUAUGGUUUGAUAUUUACAAAGCAUUUCCACCUAUAGUUGAACCUAGAUAUGACAGAAAAGCAGUGCAUAAAGCAAUACCAGAUUUGCUGUAUCCUGAAGACAUUAUCAGAGCGAGGUUUUAUAAACUCUAUGGCAAUCCUGAUGUUGUAGAUUUAACAAAUGAACAAGUAAAGACAACAUGUCAGAAGUUCAUUGAAAAUUACUUCAAACUUCAGGAUCAGGAAGACGUUGCUGAAGAAGACUUAUUUCAAAAAGCUAUCGAUAACCUUAAGGCACAGGGAAUUCGCCUUAGAACCAUUACUGAAAAGGAAAGUGAAGAAGUAGCCGAAGCAGAAAUGUCCUCUUCAGAAAACAGAUCAACAGAUUCCACCUUAAAAACUGAACAAACCACAAAUAAUAUUUCUAACGUUAAUACUAUGGACCAUUAUGGAGUUGAUGAUAACCUUGGAAGUAGUAAUAAAACUUGAUAGUGAUAUUAAUAAAUAGCUUUAAAAUCA